GGGGAGCCUCAGGUACCCAGGACUGAAUAAACGAAGAAGAAGCCUGGAAAGUGUUUUUCCAUCUUCACCUGCCAUGAAACUCUCUUUGGCUGCUCUCGUCUUCCUCCUCCUUGUGGCCACCUUUGCCCUGGCUGAUGCCUCUUCAGGUGAGUCAAGGGUGUCUAUCCAUCCUCCUUUCCUCUCCUCUCCUGGGGCACAGGCUGUAGGUCAGCGGAAGAGCACCUGCUUUGCUUACCAUAGGUUUCAGGUGUGACUCCAGCAUUUCCAGGUAAGGCUGGUAAAGGACUCACUACCUGAAGCCCUGGGGAGCAAAAGCUCACCAGUGAAUGGUGCUAGUAAGAGAGAUGGACCAGGGGCUCUGACUCGGGAUAGGGCAGCAUCCUGUGUGCCUGAGAUUUAGACCCUCUUUUACAGCUGAAAGAUGGGCAGGAUGGCUUUCAUCAUUAGGCUGUAAUAAUUAUAGAGAGGGGCUGGUGGGGAGGGGAAGGAGAAAGUUGCUGGAAACCACAGGAGGGGACAGUGCUCUUUUGCUGAAAUCCUGCUUGCUGGUUUACCAUAGGAACUGUUCCUUCACUGUGCGACCAGGAUGCUGGACUAGGUGAACCAUUGGCCUGAUCCAGCAGGCUACUUUUAUUAGAGGGAGACAGACAGACAGAUAUAGAGAGAUUUGUACAAUACAUAGAGAGUUAAAAAAUAUUUAAGUGCUUUAUAACGGCUUUUAAAUAAAUUUAACUAGGAUAGGGCCUAGCAAUGGGUGAUGAUUCCGUCACAUUCCCUCUUUCUUUGUUCCCCAUUUUUCCAAUUGUCGGGUCUGUUUUCUGCAUUUCUACAUAGUUUGCCCAUUCCCUUAUUUAAAAGCUCUCAUGAAAAUUCACCAGCUUUUUAGAGAAAGCUCCAAAUAUACACAUUUUUGCAAAGUGUGUGCUCCCUAAUGGAGCCAGAGGGGGCUUCUCUUUGGUUCUGUGGUGCCAGGGUGACGGGUUCUCAGAGCUGAAGUGGCACAGGCCCCAGAGUGAGUCUGCCCACCCAGACUGGUCUCUGGAUCUCCUCACAAGGAGAUACACAAGGUGUACAGUGGUACCUCGGGUUACAUACGCUUCAGGUUACAUACGCUUCAGGUUACACACUCUGCUAACCCAGAAAUAGUGCUUCAGGUUAAGAACUUUGCUUCAGGAUAAAAACAGAAAUCGGGCUCCAGUGGCGUGGCGGCAGCGGGAGGCCCCAUUAGCUAAAGUGGUGCUUCAGGUUUAAGAACAGUUUCAGGUUAAGAAUGGACCUCUGGAAUGAAUUAAGUACUUAACCUGAGGUACCACUGUAUUGAAUUUGCAACCUUCUAAAAAUAAAAAAUUAAAAUUAAAAAAGGAAAAAAGAAAUGUCUCACCCAAGUCACAGGCUAGCAAUGAAAGUUUCACAGGGCAAAGAAUCCUGUAUCCUUGGCAAUGGGAUGCUGGAUGGUUGAAAGGGAGAGCAACUUAUAUUGAGCCGCCAUUCAUUUCUCUCCAUCAGGAGAAGACACCAAGGAGACCCAGGAUGAGGCUAGUGAUGGUAAGUCUUCCUUGUCCUCCCUCCUCAACUAUACUCAAAGAGGAAGCUGGUGCCAGAUUCACAUGGGCAGUUCCUUCUCUACUCUGUCCUAAGGAUGCUGUUCAGACAGCCGUUUCAUAGAAUCAUAAAACUGUAAAGUUGGAAUGCACCCAAAGGUCCUCUAGGCCAUCCAACGUCUGCUUAGAAAGCACCACUUCCAAGGGAACCUGUUCCACUGUUGAAUGACUCCUACCCUCAGAAAGUUCUUCUUAACAUUGAGUCGGAAUCUCCUUUCUUGUUUUUUGAAUUCAUUGGUUUGGGUCCUCCCCUCUGGCGCAGCAGGAAAAGAAAGCUUGCUCCAUCUUCCAUGUGACAGUCCUAUCACCAUAUUUCAGGGCCACAGUUUUUAAGGCUGCCCCUGCUGCCCUAGGCUGAGCCUGUUGUGUGGGAGGCAACAUCCAUUGCAGGGAGAUUCAGGCUCCUUUCCAUGAAGCAUCAGUUCAGGUGGAUGGGGAGUGAAGGAGGUCUAUUCCAGCCCUCCCCAGUGAACCUCCCUUGAUCGGAAGGAGAAUGAACACUUCCCCUCUCAAGGAGAGGCUGGGGCCUCCCAGAGCCUCUGUGAAAACUAUCCCCCUUUCACAUUCCAUGGUACAGAAGCCACUAAACUGUUCCAAUCCUCACCUCUCCUUCACAGGCUCAAGUCACUGCUGCGUGAAAUAUAACAGGAAACCCAUUCCACUCAAGCUCUUGGUUAGCUAUGAGUAUGCAGGCAGUACCUGCCCCCUGCCGGCUAUCAUGUAAGUGGCAACAAGUUUAUUUUUUAUUUUUUUAAAAGCAGCAACAACCAGAAACAUCUGAACGUUCUGCAUGUUCCAAAGUAACAAAGGGUUUUCUUUGUUUUCAAUUGUUUAGCUCGUCGCUGAGUUGCAGCCAACUUCCUGUACUUGGCUAAUGAUUUGUACAAAUCCACUAGCAAUUCUCUUGAGUUAAGGUCCACCCAGGUCACAUCCACCCCAUUCAUUGAAAAGACAUUGGUGCCACUUAAAGAAUCUUGAGAAGUUUAGUUUAUCCCUUGCAGAACUACAGUUCCCAGGACACGUAAGAAAGCACAACUCCUGGGAUUCCUUGGGGCAGAGCCAAAACUGUGAAAGUGGUAUUAAGAGUGCUUUAAGGGUAUGAUGUGUGUGAGAGCAGAGUCAUUCCUAAGUCUUCUAGUUGUCAGAAGGUCCCUAGAUGGAAUCUCCUCUCUGCCCUGGGCUGGACAAGUUGCCUUAAGCCCCUCAACUCUGAUUGGAUUAUGUUAACCAUAUUUAUGUUAUAACUCUCUAUGGAGCUCAAGGUGGUGUAUAUGUGGCUCUCCUGUCCCCAUAUCAUCUUCACAACAAUCCUGUGAGGUAGGUUAGGCUGAGAGACUAUACUGGACCCAAGAUAACUCAUAGAGCUUCAUGUUAUGUGGGUAUUUGAACCCUUGACCCCGGGUCCUAGAAGGUGAAUGUCAGGACCAGAUGUCAGCACCACCCCAGUCAAUCCCAAGUCAGAGAACAACCUUUUGCCCGGCCUUGACCAACUUGGAACUAAACAGAUAUUUCACCUUUUGCAGAUUCAUCACAAAGGGGAAUAAAAGGAUCUGCACUAACCCUGAUGAUAAGUGGGUCAAGGAUCUCAUCCGCAAACUGCCCCCACCAUAGAGACAACGUCCCUCCCCUUCCUUCUCCACAGGAAGAAAAGAGUGUCCAGGGCUCAAGUUGCUUUGAAUGCUGGAAAAAAACAGCAGUGCAAAAAGUGAAGCAAUAUGAUUAAAGGGAGUGAUACUGAU